AUGCCGAAUGGGCGACUUGACUGCAGCCACGGUGUGGACCGAAAGCCUUUGGUAACAAAGCCUACGGGCCUUGCAAAGCUGCUGAUCGAGGUCAUGCUCUGGCACCCAAAGCACUUGAGAUGGCCUCCACGUGAAGUUCUUGCAGCGGAGCGUCGUUUGGCUGUCGCUUCGCCGAACGUACAUGUUCGAAGCGAGCUUUGUGCUCGGGGCAAGGCUCACGAAGUCGAUGUUGGUUGUGUUUGGUGGGCUCAAAAUGAGGUGCCACAGCCUCUGCCCCGCCGUGUGCGGGUCUGCGUUCCUGGCUGGGGUCGCUGUGACAUCUAUUCGCAGGGAACUGGCAAUUGUCGAAUCUCUACUCCUUCCGCGUGCGCAGCAAAAGUUACCCAGGAACCCCUGCAACUCGUGCACGACAACUGCCACGGAGAAGACUGGGACAGCAGGAGAAAGGCACGCCUAUUGCAUUGCCCCUUGAAUGUACCGCUGGCUGUCCGACCGAUUUCGAAAUCCGCCUCCAUCUCCGUGGCUCGGUGGAUUGCGCAAAUCGACUCGGCCAGAGCCCGGGACUUGGCUUUGAUGGCUUCCACGUGGGCGCCCUUGAACAGGAGCCGGGAUCGUUACUUCGACUGGGCCUCGCGCUGGGUGGCACCGGGGCAUCAAGGGCUCCUACAAAGGGAGCCCCGGGAGCCGAAGGAGAUGGCAGAGAUGGCCUUAAGAUCGAGUUUCGGUGAUGAAUCCACGGGGGUGAUCUUAGCCGCCUCUGCAUCCAACUGCUUGACAUGCUGCCGACACGGUGAGGGGCGGCUCAAGGUCCUCUUUGUCCGCAACCCGUACAAACGCCUGGUGUCCACGUACCGGGCCAUGUACCUGGAUCGUGCACGACUGGUCGGAGACAGGGUGAUCAACGGCUUCCGAGCUUUGAACACCACCGUGGAGAAGCUGUGCUGA